AUGGGACGCACAAAGGCUCGCCGGAAACAAGCCAGCAAGGCCGACAACUUCCCGUCCAGCGCAACCGCUCCCGCGCCGUCGACUUCCGCACAGGCUCCUCCAUCCGUCACCGUCGAGGCGCUCCUCGUCCAGUCCGCACAACGCAUCGCCGCGCUCGACUACGAUGGAGCCAAGAAGCUUUGCUUCCAGGCUGUCCAGCUGGCAAACAGGGAACUGCAGGAGAAGGGGGACGGCGCGGACCCGAGGAUGCUGAGGGACGCUCUCGAGAUCCUGGGAACGGUCGAGCUGGAGCUGGGAGACAUCACAGAGGCCAAGGAACACUUCGCCGCGAGCAUCCAACUCGCCUCUGCUACUCCCGACCCCUCGCCCGCCCCGCACCUCUACCUCGCGCAGCUCUCCGAUACUCCUCAAGAGUCGCUCACCCAUUUCGGCAACGCGCUCGGCAUCUUGCAGGCCAAGCUCGCAGCGCUCGAGCGAGCCAAGUUAGGUGUGGACGGGGGUGCUGGAACGCAGGAAGAGCUUGAGGACGAGGGAGAGAUCAGGAGGAGUGCGAGUCGUGCGCUGGUUGGGAUGACGGAGCUGUACUUGACGGAUUUGUGCUUUGAGCCUGAAGCGGAGCAGAACUGCGAGAAGUAUCUGAAGCAGGCGGCGGAGCUGGAUCCGUCAGAUCCAGAGGUGUACCAGACACUCGCUUCCGUACGCCUCAGUCAACAGAGAGAGGAGGAUGCGAAGCAGGCGCUGCAUAAGGGUUGGGAAAUCUGGCGGAACGUGGAAGUCGACUCGCCCAUAUAUCCUCCCCGGCCCUCUCGCCUGACCUGCGCCAAGCUCUUCCUCGAGCUGUCGGAACAUGUCCCGGCACUCGAGAUCCUGAACCGACUGGAGAACGAGGACGACGAGGACUCGGAGGUGUGGUACUUGAGCGGCUGGGCUUGGUGGCUGCUUGGAGAGGCGCGAGGGGACAAGCCUCGAGCGGAGGACGAGGAGAGCAAGGAGGAGUGCUGGAGCGAGGCGAAGCUGUGCUUGGAGAACUACCUCAGGCUUGAGGAGCGCGACCCGACCGGCUCUGACCCCGAGCAGAUGUCGCACGUCAAGGAGCUCAUGGGCAAGCUUGACGCGGCAGGAAUCGUUGCGAGUAACGGCGCUGAGGGUGAAGACGGUGGCUGGGAGGACGCGAGUGACGAGGACGCGAUGGAGCAGUGA